GCUGCAACACCAGAUAAUUAAUCAGGAUUUCACACUCCAGCCUCCGGGGAUGCCAAGGGAAGCAGUGCGGAGCAGAAGCGCUCCUGUGGGCCUCAGUAAACGUGAGAUGGCUGUCUCAAGCAGCAGGCACUGGCAGGGCAAGGCUGACCCUUUCAGUGUGGUAGCUGCUUCCUUGGUGAGCCAACUGCCUGACCAGCAGAAGACAAGCGAGUCACCUCUCAGCUGGUUCAGAGGAGUGUAUUUACCCCCUGCACUGCACCCACUGAACAAGACGUUAGUCAAGGGUAACAAGUGGAAGGAUGCAGAUAGCACCCAGGAAAAGCGCAGGUCAUUCCUGCAUGACUUCUGUAAGAAGUACAACAGCAGAAAGAAGCUGCAAACCCACCUGGUGCACCUGGUGUCGAGAAUUUACGUGGAGGACAGGCACAAAGUCCUGUACUGUGAAGUGCCGAAAGCAGGAUGUUCCAACUGGAAAAGAGUCCUCAUGGUGCUCAAUGGACUCGCCACUUCACCACACAACAUUUCCCAUGAUGAUGUCCACUAUGGAAAGCACCUAAGGAAACUGGACAGUUAUGACCUAAAAGGGAUAUACACACGCUUGAACAUGUACACCAAGUUUAUAUUUGUACGUGAUCCUAUGGAAAGACUGGUAUCUGCCUUCAGGGAUAAGUUUGAACAUCCAAACAGCUACUACCACCCAGUGUUUGGGAGGGCAAUCAUUAAGAAGUAUAGACAUAAUGCAGAUGAAGAGGCUCUGAAAACAGGUUCGGGAGUUAAGUUCAAGGAGUUCAUCCAGUAUUUGUUAGAUCCCCAUCGACCAGUAGGAAUGGACAUUCAUUGGGAGCAAGUCAGUAAGCUCUGCUACCCCUGCCUCAUCAACUAUGAUUUUAUAGGAAAGUUUGAAACCCUGGAAGAAGAUGCCAAUUACUUUUUGCAGCUGGUAGGUGCUCCCACCAAUCUGAAGUUCCCUAAAUUCAAAGACAGACAUUCCUCUGAUGAGAGAACAAGUGCAGAAGUAGUGAGGCAAUACUUAAAGGAAUUGUCUAAGGAGGAGAGACAGCUGACCUACGACUUCUAUUACCUGGAUUACUUAAUGUUCAAUUAUACAUCACCAAUUGUAUAG